AUGAGGAGCAAUAAGUUUAAUGCGCACCCAGAUGCGAAUCAUCGAAGAAAACAAGAACAAAAUUUACAUUCAAAUCAAACUGUAGCACAGCGAUCACGUCGCUUUGAGAAUAUUUCGUCAACUCAUCAUCCUCAAACAUCUACAAGAACGUUGGUGAAUACAAAGGCUUCAUCGGCGACAUCUGAAUCAUUGGCUGUGCAAGACCGUCAACAGUCCGAUGAAGCAAAAGCAGAAAAACUUCAACGUGAUAUAGUCAAUUUUUGUCGAAAGGAGGGAACACACUUUGUUGAUGAUCAAUUUCCUCCAAUUUAUCGCUCAAUCGGCGAAAUUGAGUCACUGAAUAGCCAUCCACUGACAUGGUUGAGAAUUGCUCAUAUAACUCCAUUUUUGCAAUCCGAUCUUCAUUUAAAUUGGUCUGUCUAUUCAUCACCAAAGCCGAGUGAUAUACAACAGGGUGCUCUUGGUGAUUGUUGGCUAAUGGCUGCUUUGGCUUUGAUUACUGAACGACCACAAAUGCUCGAACAUAUUCUAUUAACUAAAACUAUCAAUAAUCAAGGCGUUUAUCUUGUUCGUCUUUGCCAUAACGGGCUUUGGAAAACUGUCAUUGUUGACGAUUGCUUUCCUUGUACACAAUACAAUCAACUUGCAUUUACGCAAGCACAUCGUCGACAACUAUACGUACCAUUGAUAGAAAAAGCCUGUGCGAAAUUAUUUGGUUCGUAUGCAGAUUUAAUCGGCGGGCAAACAGAAGAAGGAUUACAAUUACUAACUGGUGCUCCAUGUGAACACAUCGAUCUGAAUCCAACAGCGAACAGUGUUGAUGAUGAAAUCGUUUGGGCAAAACUUUUGUCUGCAUGUGAAUCAUAUUUACUGAUCAAUGCAUCCACUGGUCGAUUGGACGUUAGUGAAGAAGAAUAUGCACGUAAUAACAUUCCUAGUGGUCAUGCAUUCUCCGUACUUGCUGCAUAUUCGAACGCAGCGAUAUCUGUGCCAUUUGUAUUAGUUCGCGACCCGCAUGCGCGUUCCUACUAUCAAGAUCAAUACCUUACUGUGCCCAUACUAAAUAAGUUGAAUUCUCUCGGACGAAAUAAUCGAUCCCCGGGUACAUUCUGGAUAUCAUGGCCAAAAUUUCUUCACUUUUUCAACUCAAUUACGAUAUCUUUAUAUGAUAGUGAUGAUUAUGAUGUUCGAGAAGUGAAUUGUUUCACCCAGUCAUCGACACAACUAAUGCCAACAUUUCAUUUUCAUCUAUCGAAAGCAUCAUUGAUCAACAUUAGCUUGCUAUAUCAUCGUCCGAAUCGCCGAGAACGCAACUAUCAUACACAAUCAUUCGUUCUAUGUAAUGUAGAACAAGGAGCAUCGAAAGACGUCGGAACCCAUCAAGCCAUACUUUGUACAAAUCGUGGUGCAUUUACACAUUGGAGCGGCUCGCUACAACCUGGUUAUUAUGCACUCAUACCGUUCUCCGCUAGUUUCUGGAACGAAGCUAAUGGAUCUACGAAAGAUUAUACUCUAGUCAUUCAUUCUAAGGUUCAACUAAAUGUUCAAGUCACUCAUGAAGCUCCAACCUUAUUAGCUGAUUGUUUGAUUGCAACUGUUCUACGAAAUCAUAAUUAUCCACAAAAGGCAAAAGAUUACAACUAUUACGUCACAACUAAUGAACAUAAUUUCACAAUAUUUAUUGCAGAAAACUUAUCUUUAAUAGACUUUCUAAAUAUCGAAAUCGAUCUAAACGACAGUGUGCGUAUUCGGAACUCACGAAAAUCGUUGUCAACAUUCGAUUGUAUCCCACCUCGGCAUCGACAAAUUGUAUUUCUCGUCGAGUGGACAAACGAGUAUGGAGAGAUAGCUAAAAUGGAGUAUCUAUAUCGCACUCACCACACAAGACACCCUACACCCUCAAUACCAGAAAAUUAUCAUCUUCAGAAUGGAUUUCACUCAUAUCGUCCAUUUUAG